AUGGCGCCAGCUCAACUUGCCUUCCGCUUUACCUUCCUUGAUGUGACGGAUGGCCAGAUGGAGUCAGAUCGUGCUCGCGGUCGGAGCCUUCCCCCGAUGCGGUCGGCAACCCCCGAGGUUCUCGUGCAGGACGUGUGGGCGCAGCGUCAUCUUCGCACGCUGCGGCAAGGGCAACCUGCGAUGGUGAUCGACCCAACGGCCCCAAGCAGGGGCAGUGUGGGACACCCGUCCUUGUGCAACAGACCAUGCAUCUUUAUUGCAAGGCAGGGGCACUGCCAGAAAGGUCUAGCAUGUGGCUCUUGCCACCAUCAGCACAACGACCCGAAACUCGACAAGAAGCAGCGCCAUCUGAUGAGCACGAUGCCAAGAGCAGAGCUACUCGGUCUUCUCGCAGAUCUACUUCGGGAGCGUGCCGAACAGGACGGAAUCCGUGAUGUGAGCUUCGUGGUGGCAGUGCUUUCCGUCCAAGCAGGACUUCUUCCAGGUCGUUUGCAGACGAAGUCUCGCAAGCUUCAAAACCUGCGUCAGGUACUUCAGCGCAAGAACUUCUGCGGCAUCCUAGCGAUGGCUGCGGACAAAUGUCAGGGCCGCAGCAAGGCCGUGAUGCUGCAGGAGUUGAGAGCUAUCCGACAAAGCGCCAAUCAAUAA